GGGCAAUCCGGGCCACGUGAGGGCCAGGAUUGGCUGGAUCUGGAGCCUCCCGGCCCCCCGCUUCUACUGUCACGUGGUGUGCGCUGUUUUCUUAUCACGUGGCUGCCACCCAGGCUGCAUGAGGGGCGGGCGAGCGCCCGCAGUUCUACUCGGCGGAGGGGCCGCUCUGUUCCUGUCGAUUCUUUGGAUGCCUGCGUUGCUGCCUGUGGCCUCCCGCCUUCUGUUGCUACCCCGAGCACUGCUCUCUAUGGCCUCUGGAAGCCCCCCGUCCCAGCCCACUCCGGCCUCGGGCUCUAGCUAUGUUCCAGGAUCGGUUUCUGCAGCCUUCGUCACUUGCCCCAACGAAAAGGUCGCUAAGGAGAUUGCCAGAGCUGUGGUGGAGAAGCGCCUCGCAGCCUGCGUCAACCUCAUCCCUCAGAUUACAUCCAUCUAUGAGUGGAAGGGAAAGAUCGAAGAAGGUGAGGUGUUGAUGAUGAUUAAAACCCAAAGUUCCUUGGUCCCAGCCUUGACAGAUUUUGUUCGUUCUGUGCAUCCUUAUGAAGUGGCUGAGGUAAUUGCCUUGCCAGUGGAGCAGGGGAACUCCCCCUACCUUCAUUGGGUACGCCAGGUCACAGAGUCAGUUUCUGAUUCCAGCACAGCCCUAUCGUGAUGAGCCCUGUUCCUGCCAUGAUAUCUUUUCAUUAAAAAAAAAAAACAAAAAAAACAAAACAAAAAACUCUGACUUCCAAGCGAUGACUGGGACCCCAA